AUGAAGGGGAACAAAGUACAGGAUUUGAUGAAUAAUACAUUUAGAAACUGGGAUUUUGACACUAGUCCUGUUACGGAAGGAAGAAUUUUGAUCAUUUGGAGAAAGACAUUUGUCAAGGUUAGUGUUCUAGAGGAGAAUAAGCAAUUUGUUCACUGUCAUAUUAAAAUGCCAGGUCAAAAAUGCCCAUUUACUGCUACUUUCAUUUAUGGGCUAAAUACUUUGGAGGAAAUGAAGGUCUUAUGGCUAAGUUUAUCCAAGAUUGCUCGUCCAGUCUCUUCAUGGAUUAUCUUAGGAGAUUUUAAUGCGAUUUUUACAGCAAAGGAUAGAAGUGGAGAUAAAGUUAAGGCAGCUGUUGAAACUUUCAGAACUCAAGAGCAUAUGUAUCACAGUUUUUUGGCUCAAAGAAGUAAGAUAACUUUGUUAAAGAAGGGUGACAUGAAUAUGGCCUAUUUCCAUGCUUAUUUGAAGAAGCGUAGGGAGGCCAAUAAAAUAGCCACUUACAUUUCAGAACAAGGAAGGGUGGUGGAUAAUUUUUCUAAAGUGGAAAUUGGUAGUGAAGUGUGUAGAGCAGUAAUUCAGUUCUUUGAGACAGGUAUUAUACCAGAGGAGCUGCUAGAAACUACCAUGUCUCUGGUCCCUAAAAUUGAAAACCCUACUCGAGCUGUGGAUUAUAGGCCCAUUGCAUGUUGUUCUACACUCUAUAAGUGCAUAUCAAAGUUAUUAUGCUAUAGAUUGGCCAAAGUCCUCCCAGAUCUAGUUUAUCCUAACCAGGGAACAUUUAUCCAAGGUAGAUCUAUAGCUCACAAUGUCUUAAUUUGUCAAGAUCUUAUCAAGAAUUAUAGAAGAUCUUCUAUCUCGCCAAGGUGUGCAAUUAAAAUUGACAUAAGUAAAGCUUAUGACACAAUAGAUUGGUGGUUUAUAGAGGAGCUUCUAAAGUCAUUGUGUUUCCUAGCUAGAUUUAUAGGCUGGGUUAUGACUUGCUUGAGGAACACCUCUUACUUGUUACUCAUGAAUGGAAGGGUUCAAGGUAGGUUUAAGGGAGAGGAGGGACUUCGUCAAGGGGAUCCAAUAUCUCCACUUUUAUUUGUUCUAAUCAUGGAUUAUCUUACUCGAAGUCUCCAAUUAGCAGCCCAAGGUUCUGUCUUCAGGUAUCAUCCUAUGUGCAAGAGUCUCCAACUCAUUAGCUUAUGUUUUGCAGAUGACUUGCUGUUAUUUUGCAAAGGAACUCUAUCAACAGUUAAAGUUCUAAAGAAUGUGAUUGGGGAGUUCAGUUCAGUGACAAGGCUUCAAAUUAAUGAGAGUAAAUCUCAAAUUUACUUUGGGGGAGUUUCUGCUGUAGACAAACAUCAAAUUGCUGCUGAGAUGAAUUUGUCAGAAGGGGCUUUUCCUCUUAAGUACCUUGGUGUCCCUAUGAGACCAACCAAAUGGAAGCAUGAAGACUGUGAUAUCAUCAUCCAAAAAAUCAAAAUGCGAUUGCAUACUUGGGCAAGUAGGCACCUAUCUUUCGCUAGUAGAAUUCAACUGAUUCAUUCAGUUCUUUUUGGGCUGAGGAACUAUUGGAUGAGUGAUUUUGUUCUUCCUCAAAGCAUAAUUAAAGAAGUUGAAAAACUCUAUUGUGGUUUUCUCUGGGGAGUCAAUGGCAAUAGGAGCAACAUUCAUAUGGCUUCCUGGGAGAAGGUGUGUCUUCCAAAAGCUUAUGGUGGUCUCAAAUUUAGAAAUGGACUGAUUUGGAACUAUGCCAUUUUAGCUAAGUACAUUUGGGUGAUCUCUGAGAAGCAUGAUAUGCUGUGGGUUAAAUGGAUAAACUCAAUAUAUUUGAAAGGCUCAAACUUCUGGUCUUAUAAGUUACCUCUGGAUACUAGCUGGUAUUGGAGGAAAUUAUGUAAUUUGAGAGGUAAGUUCAGCUGUGAUGAUAUCAAAUCUGCUGGUAUAUCUGGAAAGUUUCAAGCUUCAAUUCUAUACAAUAGUUCUCUUAACCAACAACAGGUAGUUAACUCCCAGCUGCUUACCUGUGACAACAUGAUCCGAUUCAAUGUUCCUCUUGACUCCCUUAUGUGCCCUGUUUGUGGUAGAUAUGCAGAAAGUCACUCCCAUAUUUUCUUUGACUGUAUUCUUUCCAAACAGAUUUUGGACCUUAUAUUUGAUUGGAUGGCUUUCAGAGCCUGGCCUACUGAGUUUGAUAGCUGGAGGAUCUGGCUCUCUAGCAGAAGCCAUGGUGUUCUUUUUCAUAUCACAAACAUGAUUUUGGCAGCUGUAGUUUAUAGCAUAUGGAGGAAUCGGAACAGAUGUGUAUGUGACAAUUAUUCUAGGACUGCUGUUGGUAUUGCAACUGACAUAAAAACUACCAUUCAACACAGGCUAUACUUUGUAAAAUACAAGAAGUUGACUACACAGGAACAGAGAAUGUUUGCUAAGAUAACAAUGUAA